UCAGUAUUCUUACAGUGUCCUCUGAGUUGAAACGAUUCUCAGGGACGGAGCCGCAAAGGAGGAGAGCAAGACUCCCGCAUCAUCGCGCCCGCUCUUUCCCUCAUCAUCACCGCGGUCCAUCGAGAGCCUCUGCGUUUGAACUGUGGUCAUUUUUAACAUGUGUCGACUCUAUUUUGUGCUCGCUGUUUUGUGAACAGUGCGCGUUUGUUGGAUGUGGUCGCGUGGAUAAUCAGAAGACGAUGAUUUUGUCGGGUCUCCUUUUCCCCGCGUUAUGGGGGCUGGCGCUCGGCGGAUCUCCAAGCGUCCAAAUCGGUGGCCUGUUCCCCAGAGGAGCGGAUCAAGAGUACAGCGCGUUUCGGAUCGGAAUGGUUCAGUUCGGCACGGCCGAGUUCCGCCUCACUCCUCACAUUGAUAACCUGGAGGUGGCUAACAGCUUCGCCAUAACAAAUUGCUUUUGCUCACAGUUUUCCAGAGGAGUGUAUGCCAUCUUUGGCUUCUAUGAUAAGAAGUCGGUGAACACUAUCACUUCAUUCUGUGAGACACUGCACGUGUCCUUCAUCACACCAAGUUUUCCAGCUGAUGGGCUAAACCAGUUUGUUCUGCAGAUGAGGCCUGAUAUCAAAGGUCCUCUCAUCAGCUUGGUGGAGUAUUACAAGUGGGAGAAGUUUGCCUAUCUGUAUGACAGUGACAGAGGUCUGUCUACCCUGCAGGCAGUGCUGGACACUGCAGCAGAGAGGAAAUGGCAGGUAACAGCCAUAAACGUUGGAAACCUGAAGGAUGAGUGGAAAGACGAGGCAUAUCGCUCCCUCUUUCAGGACCUGGAGAACAAGAAAGAGAGGAGAGUCAUUUUAGACUGUGAACAGGACAAAGUCAAGGACAUUAUGGAGCAGGUGAUCACGAUCGGUCGACAUGUGAAAGGAUAUCAUUACAUCAUUGCAAAUUUUGGCUUUGUGGAUGGAGAUUUGUCCAAGAUUCAGUAUGGAGGGGCGAAUGUGUCUGGAUUUCAGAUAGUGGAUUUUGAUGACCCUCUUGUUGCUAAAUUUGACCAGCGCUGGGAGGCACUGGAGGAGAAGGAGUACCCUGGAGCAGACAGCAGAAUCAGGUACACUUCCGCUCUCACUUAUGAUGCUGUGCAAGUAAUGACCGAGGCAUUCCGCUUUCUGCAUAAACAAAGGAUUGAUAUCAGUCGCCGUGGCAACAACGGAGACUGCCUGGCCAAUCCUGCGGUGCCGUGGGCUCAGGGGGUGGAGAUAGAGCGUGCCCUCAAACAGGUGCGUGUGGACGGAUUGACAGGAAAUAUUCAAUUUGAUCAGUAUGGCAGAAGAGUGAAUUACACAGUCAAUGUCAUGGAGCUGAAAAACAGUGGCCCUGUGAAGAUUGGUUACUGGAAUGAGGUGGACAAAAUGGUGGUGACAAAAUCUGACCUUUUCCCCAAUGACACCAUGGGAAUGGAGAAUAAAACAGUUGUUGUGACGACAAUCCUGGAGGCACCGUAUGUAAUGCUGAAAAAGAAUGCAGAGUUAUUCACCGAUAAUGAACGUUAUGAGGGAUACUGUGUGGACUUGGCAGCUGAGAUUGCAAAGCAUUGUGGCUUUAAGUAUCAGCUGAGGAUUGUAGCAGAUGGAAAGUAUGGCGCCCGAGAUGCUGAGACCAAGAUCUGGAAUGGCAUGGUUGGGGAACUGGUGUACGGGAAAGCAGACAUAGCUGUAGCUCCUCUUACCAUCACUCUGGUCAGAGAGGAGGUGAUCGACUUCUCGAAACCUUUCAUGAGUCUGGGCAUAUCAAUUAUGAUCAAGAAACCACAGAAAUCCAAGCCGGGUGUCUUCUCUUUCCUGGACCCGUUGGCCUACGAGAUCUGGAUGUGCAUUGUAUUUGCCUACAUCGGAGUUAGCGUUGUGCUCUUCCUCGUUAGCCGCUUCAGCCCUUACGAGUGGCACACUGAGGAGUUUGAGGAUGGGCAGCUGGGCCCUAGCGAAUCUACGAACGAAUUUGGAAUCUUUAAUAGUCUGUGGUUUUCUCUGGGCGCUUUUAUGCAGCAGGGAUGCGAUAUUUCGCCAAGGUCCUUGUCUGGCCGUAUAGUUGGUGGUGUGUGGUGGUUUUUCACCCUCAUCAUCAUCUCCUCCUACACGGCUAACCUGGCUGCCUUUCUCACUGUGGAGAGGAUGGUGUCACCUAUCGAGAGUGCUGAAGACCUGGCCAAACAGACUGAGAUUGCUUAUGGGACAUUGGAUGCAGGCUCCACCAAAGAGUUCUUUAGGAGAUCUAAGAUUGCUCUCUUUGACAAGAUGUGGCAGUAUAUGAAGAGCGCAGAGCCUUCUGUGUUUGUUAAAAACACAGUGGAAGGCGUUUUGCGUGUUCGAAAAUCCAAAGGCAAAUAUGCUUACCUUCUGGAGUCCACUAUGAAUGAGUACAUCGAGCAGCGCAAGCCCUGUGACACCAUGAAGGUCGGAGGGAACCUUGACUCUAAAGGCUACGGCAUCGCUACACCCAAGGGAUCUGCUUUAAGAAAUGCGGUAAACCUUGCAGUGCUAAAACUGAACGAGCAGGGGCUUCUGGAUAAAUUGAAAAACAAAUGGUGGUACGACAAAGGAGAGUGCGGCAGCGGAGGCGGGGAGUCAAAGGAGAAGACUAGUGCCCUCAGUCUGAGUAAUGUUGCGGGCGUCUUCUACAUCCUGGUGGGCGGCCUUGGGUUGGCCAUGAUGGUCGCUCUGGUGGAGUUCUGCUACAAGUCGCGCGCGGAGGCCAAGCGCAUGAAGAUGACGUUCACAGAUGCUAUGCGCAGUAAGGCCAGGUUGUCUAUAACAGGCAGUACAGGGGAGAACGGGCGAGUGCUGACUCCAGACUUCUCUAAAGCCGUCCAUGCUGUGCCGUACCUGAGACCUGGCAUGGCAAUGCCUCUGAGUGUGAGCGAGCUGUCCUGAGUGCCUUACACACACACACACACACACACACACACACACACACACACACACACACGCACACACUGGUGCAAGCAUGCUGUACCUCCAAUUUGUAUACAUAUGCACACACAUGUACAUAUUUUUACACACAAAGA